CACUACAUAUACAACUGUGGCUGAGUGUCUUAAGGCUCCAGUUGUUCACUUAUUUUGUUGGUUUAUUUUUUUUAUAAUUCAUACAUAUUCAACUGCGCCGUGCCUUGAGCAGUGACUCCAGCAUGGCCGCAUCCGUACUUGGAAACUUCAAAAUUGUUUGCAGACUGAAGCUGUUGUCGCAGCGGGCCUACUCCGAGGCGGCGUUUCCAAAAAUCACGACGCACUACACGGUCGUACCUCGAGACAGCGACCCACGAUGGAAAGAUGUAAACAUGGAGCGCUACGUCGACGAGACGGACAUUCUGAUCGUCGGGGGUGGCCCGGCAGGUAUGUCCGCAGCAAUCCAGGCCCGCAAGCUCGCCGAAAAGUAUGGUCGUGAUCUCAAGGUAACUCUCGUAGAGAAAGCGGCGACCGUGGGUGGCCAUAUACUCAGUGGUGCCUGCAUCGAUCCUGUGGCCCUGCAGGAGCUCUUUCCCGACUGGAGGGAACUCGGUGCGCCGCUUCACACGCCCGUCACUAAGGACAAGUUUGCCCUGCUCACCGAAAAGGGACGAAUUCCCGUGCCGAUCUUCAAGGGCAUGCCCAUGUACAAUCACGGCAAUUACGUUGUCAGGUUGGGCCACGUGGUGGCGUGGCUUGGAGAACAGGCUGAGGCCGCAGGUGUCGAAAUUUAUCCAGGCUAUGGUGCUUCAGAGAUCUUGUACCACGAGGACGGUUCUGUCAAAGGCAUCGCGACGAAUGACGUCGGCAUUGCCAAGGACGGCUCGCCAAAGGACACCUUUGAACGAGGCAUGGAGCUUCACGCUAAAUGUACGAUCUUUGCCGAAGGAUGUCAUGGGCACCUCACCAAGCAGAUCGCGAAGAAAUUUCAUCUUCGCGACAACUGCGAGCCCCAGACUUAUGGGAUUGGUUUGAAAGAGAUUUGGGAGAUCGACAAGUCGAAACAUUCCCCAGGAACAGUCGAGCACACCGUAGGGUGGCCCUUGGACAAAAACACAUACGGCGGUUCAUUUUUGUACCACUUGAAUGAGGAAACGCCGCUCAUAGCGAUCGGCUUCGUCGUCGGUCUCGACUACACGAACCCAUACCUGAGUCCCUUCAGAGAAUUUCAAAGGUUCAAGCAUCACCCCUCCAUCAAAUCAACCCUCGAAGGUGGAAAGAGGAUAGCCUACGGCGCAAGAGCUCUGGUAGAGGGAGGCUUCCAGUCUCUACCAAAAUUGCAGUUCCCUGGUGGCUGUCUAGUUGGCUGCACCGCUGGCUUCAUGAACGUGCCUAAAAUCAAAGGCACGCACAACGCAAUGAAGAGUGGCAUGCUGGCCGCGGAGAGCGCUGUUGAAGCGAUCAUCGAUGCAGAGACGACGCCGUCAACUACCAAAGGUCUCGAGCCGAAGACUUACGAGAGUAAAAUAAAAGACAGUUGGAUUUACAAGGAGUUGAAGGCGGUCAGGAACGUCAGGCCGAGCUUCCACACGUCGCUGGGCCUCUACGGAGGAAUGGCUUAUUCGGCGUUCUCGAUGCUUUUGGGCGGCAGAGAGCCUUGGACUUUCAAGCAUGGAGAACCGGACCACAAGAGAUUGAAGCCUGCGGCUGAGUGCACUCCUAUCGAGUAUCCAAAGCCCGACAACGUUAUAUCAUUUGAUUUACUUUCGUCCGUCGCUCUAACUGGUACAAACCACGAAGGAGAUCAACCGGCACAUUUAACUUUGAUGGACGACAGUGUGCCAGUUAAAUUAAACCUGAAAGUCUUUGAUGGUCCAGAGGGGAGGUUUUGCCCAGCUGGCGUGUAUGAAUACGUGCCUCUGGAGGACGGUCAAGGACAGAGAUUACAAAUCAACGCACAAAAUUGCAUUCAUUGCAAGACCUGUGAUAUUAAGGAUCCGAGUCAGAAUAUAAAUUGGGUCGUUCCAGAAGGUGGUGGUGGCCCGGCUUACAAUGGCAUGUAAACUACUCGUAGUCUGUGAUUUUCUCUCGAUUUUAUUUGUUUUAAUUACUGUUUCUUAUAAUUUGCUAAAAGAUAACUUUUUGCCGGCUGAUUCUGUUUUAAGUUACAGGCAAUUAUGGGUCUUGAAAGGGUAUAUUGCCUAAUCUGCAGUUUAUAUAAUUUAUUUUAAUUUUCCAAGACCUUAUUUAUCAAUUUUCAAAGGGCUUACAAUCGCUUGUCAAGCAACAGAAUCUAAUAUGAGGCAUAAAAAUGUCUGAUUUUGAUGAAUUAUUUUGGCUUUAUAACUAGAGUAAAAUAUUUAAUAUUUAAAAGGCGUGUAUUGUAAUAUAUUUA